AUGGUGAUCGGAACAAAACAGGCACGGAGUUCGAUCCAAUGGACACCAUGCCCGCGCUGGCCGCCCUGCGCGCCGGAGCACUGCGCAUUUGCCCGCUUCGUGGCCGUCGCCGCCGUCUGCCUCCUCCUCGUGGCCGGCACGUACUGCACGGUAUGGUCUCCGGCCGACGCCCACGGCGAGACGGAGCGGCGGUUCUUCGACAUAUGGCGGCGUCGAUCAUCGCAGGCUGGUGCGGACGAUGAUGAUCUGGAGGCGGCGCUGCGCGGCGCGGCCGACGCGAACAGGACGGUGAUCCUGAGCGUGCUGAACAAGGCGUACGCCGAGGAGGACGGCCUGCUCGACCUCUUCGUGGAGGGCCUGAAGCAAGGGGAUGGCACGAAGAGGCUCCUCCGCCACGUCCUCCUCGUGGCCAUGGACAGGCCGGCCUUCCGCCGGUGCAGGAGCCUCGGCGGCGUCCGGUGCUACCGGCUCCCGGCCGCCGCCACGAACGGCACCGACGACCUGUCCUCGGAGCAGAUGUACAUGUCGGGCGGCUUCAUACGCAUGAUGUGGCGCCGCAUUCGCCUCCUCGGUGACGUGCUCAGGCACGGUUACAGCUUCGCGUUCACGGAUUUGGAUGUGAUAUGGCUGAAGAACCCCUUCCCGAGCCUGAACCGCACCCGGGAUGAAGACCUCCUGAUCAGCUCCGACCGGUUCAACGGCCUGCCGGACGACUACCUGGGCAACGAGCUCAACACCGGCUUCUUCUUCGUGGCCACGAACAACCGGACGGUGGCGCUCUUCGACGAGUGGCACGCGGCGAGGAACCAGUCGGCGGGCAUGAAGGAGCAGGACGUGCUGAACCAGAUGAAGCGGCGAGGCGCGUUCGCCCGGCUCGGCGUGAGGACGCGCGUCCUGGACACGGCGCGCUUCAGCGGCUUCUGCCAGGACAGCCGGGACGCCCGGCAGGUGACCACCGUGCACGCCAACUGCUGCCGGACGAUGCGGGCCAAGGUCGCCGACCUGAAGGCCGUGCUACACGCCGCCAGGCGGCUCAACAGGACGACGGAGCUCAGGUGGCCAGCGCACUCGGAGUGCGCCAAGUCGUGGAGGUGA